AUGUCCGCUUCUUAUAUUCGUCGUGAUACACUUGUUUCUAAUCCCUGUUCUCUAUCCAUACUUUCUGGGUCAUCUAUAAAUGCCAAUGAGCAUAAAGAUGUUUCAUCACUUUCUACGAUUAGAUCUUAUCCUGAUCAAGCAAUGCCUUUAAAGCAUAGUCCAUCAGGCGGUCAGUUACAACAAGGUAAUCAAGGCAGUAUUCAUUCACCUAAAAUGUCACCUGAUUCAACUCUAAUUCAGCUUUCUACACCAAGUUUUGUUUCUUAUUUAAAUUCCACUACAAGUCUUGGUAUAUCAAGCGGAAAUUCUAUCACAUGCGAUAGUUUUCUUCGAUCAGCACUUUUAUCAGACGGGUUAGAAAAGCAGUGUGUCGGAAGUUCAACAAAUCCUCACAUAACUCACUUUCAUGAUCCAUCUGCGCUACCAAAUAUCCAUCCAUGUUCACUACUACGUCCACGUGCUAUGACAACAUCAAACGCUUCAAGAUCUGGCACACCGGUCGGAAAUACGCCUACAUCUGGCUCUUCAGCAUGUGCAUCUGCCCCAACUAGCACAACUCCUGUUAAAAAGUCUUCAAGGCGUAAUCCUUGGGGUUCUGAGACGUAUUCAGACUUAAUUUCAGUUGCUAUACGUUCUUAUCCAGACAAACAAGCAACUUUACAACAGAUUUAUGACUUCAUAAUUACUCAUUAUGAGUAUUUUCGGGAGCGUAGUGAUCCAACAAGUUCUGCUGGAUGGAAGAAUUCAAUCCGUCACAACCUGUCAUUACAUGAUCGAUUUACGAAAUGUCCAAAAUCAUCAGACAAUACAAAGUCAUCAUAUUGGAGAAUUAAUCCAGACGUAGCCGCUAAGCCAUAUGUGCGUCGACGGGCUUGUUCUAUGGAUACUACCAAUUUAAAGAGACCCGGAUCUGGCAAUUAUGGGAAAAUAAAUAACCGAUCAGGUGGUGGUGUUUCUCACCGAACCGUAUCCAGUCAUCCUGGUCAUCGCAUUCAUGUGCCUUCAGCCGAUAGCGACAUUACCAAACCUUCUUUAUCACCUGUUUGUGAGCUACAGUAUCCAGUGGAUAUUAACUAUUCAUCUACUAAAGUUACUGACAGUCGUUCAAAUACCGAAUGCAGUAAGGAUUACAAUGAACCAAAUGUUCUGAAUUGUUUGACUUCAUCUCCAUCUGUUGACACUUGUACCGCAACUAAAUCUAUGAAUUUUUAUCAUUGUUCACAACAAGCAAAUACUACUCACAACAAUAAUUCAAUACCGACUUGUAUCAAUAUUCACUGGCAGAAUGCAAAAUCUUUAACACAUUUAUCGAAUCCUCAGGUAUACAGUUCGAAUCCUCCCAAUGGGAUAUUCAACUCUGGUUUCUCUGGUCUGUCAUGUUCUACUGACCAACCACCAAGUCGAUGUCGAACAAGUGGAUUAAUUGAACAACUGUUGCGUAAUGACCAAAAUGUUGGAGCAAAUAGUAUGUCUUCAUCAAUGCAUACUAUUGAUCGCUUAUCAUCGGAUCAUUUUCCAAGCAAUUCAUUUCUUCCCUGUCACUCAGGUAAAUCAUCUUUUGCAGGGAAUAAUUCGAACUUAUGUACUUCAUUACAACAAAUGGAAACAGAUUAUCUUUCUAAUAUAAUGGAUACAACACCUCAAUUAGAAAUUAUUAGACAGCAAUCUUUUCAUCCAAGUGCUCUGUUUAAUCAUAUUAAUUCAUCUCGUGUAUCAUCGUCAGUUGCUGCUGCUCACCAUUUAUUACCUGUACCUCUGUUGACAGAUCACCAUGGUUCUUCUACAGCUACUGCUGCGGCGGCAGCGGCAGCAGCUCAAUCUCAUUGGCAAGCUUAUCGUUCUAAUUUGCACUCAUCAGUUGCAAGUUCAUUCUAUCCAAUACCUCAUAAUACAACGAACUUUAUAUCUCAAUCAUCUACUUUACAAUCAUCAACACCAGUAAAUCAUUUCACAUCUUCAUUUUAUGAUAAUUCACAUUUAAUACAUACAACAAAUGAUGGAAAACUUCCAUUUUUAAAUUGUUCCGGUAAUUCAACUACAUCUCUAUCACCAUCCAUAACGAAUUCUGUUGGUUCAUCUUCCGGUUCUUGGCGUCAUUCACUUGGUUUAGAUAUGCGUUUGUUAAGUGAUUCACAUAGCUUACAACGAGGAGAUCCAAUUACAUCUUUAUCCACAUCCUGUUCAGGGCAUGGUGGUAUUGAGAAUACGAGUAGAUCAUUAGGUCCAGUAACACCACCUGAUCUUAUGUAUUUUCCUCAAACGACGCUAUUCGGUAUGCCUGAUCAUAAUAUUGAAUCAUCGUUCCUGCAACAACAAACUCAAACGAAACAAGUUAGCCAAAGUGGAAAUCUGAUUUCUGAGCAAUUGUGUAAUUUAGGACGAGCUGAUCGUUCUUCUGUAACAAAUUAUGCAACACAGCAAUCAUCGUCACCAUCAUCAGCUUUUACUUCAAAUCCAGUACAGUCUCGAUCCACUGAUCGUACAUACAGGGAUUUACGACAUUAUGUUGAACCUUAUUCAUCUUACGAUGAUGAUUGUGAACCACUGGAAUUAGAAUUAAGUCUAGAACUAGCUGAUCGAAUUGUAGGAAGUACUGCUACAACGUCAAAUAGUAGUAACCCAAUAACUUCUAGUUUUUGA